UAAAGGCUGCACUUCACAACAUGGUAACUCCGCACCGGCAUCCUGCGGGUCAGGCAACCGGUGGCACCUUAAUUGGGGAAGACGGCUCACAGUAAUGGCAUAAAUGGAAUGGUAUUUAACACAUACAUGGUGAACAUGUGUUUGAUACCAUUCACUCCACCCAUUAUCUGGCAGAUCUAAGGACGCUCCAAUAUGCGUUUCCAGUUCGGAAAUGUCCGAUUUUUUCUUGAACGCGGCAUCAUCUUCCAACGAGUUUCCAGUCGGGAGUUUCCGCGUUGUCUGUAACACAACAGAAGUAUGUCAUCAUCCAAAAGUCUUUAGUGGGGCUGGAAUAUAAGAUGCACAAUUGAGAGCAUCCUAUCGGGCUGUAUCACUGCAUGGUACGUCAACUGCACCACCCACAACCUCAGGGCUCUCCAGAGGGUGGUGCGGUCUGCCCAACGCAUCACCGGGGGCAAAUUACCUGCUCUCCAUGACACCUACGGCACCCCAUGUAACAGGAAGGCCAAAAAGAUCAUCAAGGACAACAACCGCCACUGCCUGUUAACCCCGCUAUCAUCCAGAAGGCAAGGAAUGUGAAUGUCGGAGGACCAGGCAGCGCAGAAGGAUGAGCUGCUUGCUCUAGGGAGUAUUUACGACGAAGAGGAGUUUCACGGAGCUGAAUCGGCACAAGGCGGAGAAAUACAACUAUGCCUUGAACUUCCUCCUAAUUUCAAGUUGAUAGUCAAAGGAGACAAGCAGACAGAAUAUGACGUAUCUUUCCUACCUCCCCUGGUGCUUAACUUUGAACUUCCUGCUGACUACCCUUCCUCCUCAUCUCCGGUCUAUACACUAAGUUCCAAAUGGCUGUCAAGGGACCAGAUGACUUCUCUCUGCAAGCGUCUGGAUGAGCUGUGGGGGGAGAACCAGGGCUGUGUUGUCCUCUACAAAUGGAUCCAGUUCCUCAAGGAGGAGGCGUUUGCCUUCCUGGAUGUCAAGUCUCCGCUAGAGGUUGUUAAGGCAGACAUGGCUCCGGUUGACGCGAAGAGAAGCAAGGCUGGCGUGAAGCGGGCGGGGACUAUAAUCGGGGAGGAAGACAAACUGGAGUCUCUGCUGGAGCUGGACCCCCGUGCUGUGCUGGUGGUGGACCCCCGUACUGAUAUCCUACCUCAGCUACUGGACUUUGACGAAGCUCACAGGCAGAAGGUGUUUGACGCCAAGGCGUUCUGCUGUAGCAUCUGCUUCAUGGAGAAACUGGGCUCGAGCUGCCUGUGCUUCAAGGGAUGCCAGCACGUGUAUUGCAAGGCUUGCAUGACAGAGUACUUCGGGAUUCAGAUCCGCGACGGCAACGUUCAGUGUCUUAACUGCCCCGAGCCCAAGUGCACCUCAUUGGCUAUACCCUCACAGGUCAAGCUCCUUGUCGGGGAGGAGUUGUUUACUCGUUAUGACCGUCUCCUGCUUCAGUCCAGCCUGGACCUGAUGGCUGAUGUGGUGUACUGCCCUCGCCAGUCAUGCUGUCAGGCUGUGAUGGUGGAGCAAGACACCACCAUGGGCAUCUGCCCUUCCUGUCAGUACGCCUUCUGCACCCUCUGCAAACGUGGAUACCACGGCCUGUCCCACUGCAAGGUCACAGCAGAUGAGCUGCGAGGCCUAAGGGAUGAGUAUAUCUCUGCCAGUGCCGAGGGGAAGAAGUUCAUGGAGCAGCGUUUUGGGAAGCGGGUUAUCCAGCGUGCCGUGGAGGAGUCCUUCAGCAGGGACUGGCUCUAUGAGAACUGUAAAGGCUGCCCGCGCUGUGGCACGAACAUACAGGUAGCCUUCCACAAGCUUCCCACAAUAAGUUGGGUGAAUUAUGGCCCAUUCCUCCUGACAGAGCUGGUGGAACUGAUUCAGAAGGUAGAUGGCUGCAAUAAGUUGACUUGCACCUCGUGUAAGCAGUACUUCUGCUGGCUGUGUCUGGGCCAGCUCACACGUGUCAACCCCUACAGCCACUUCAAUAACCCCUCCUCGCCUUGCUACAACCAGCUGUUCCAGGGUGUGGAUAUUGAUGAAGAUGAUGCCUUGAGUGAUGAAGAGGACUGAUGUGUGCAAUACCUCAGUGUGCUUCAUUUGUUUGCAAUUUAUUGACCCUCACAACACAAACUGCAUAUCGACUUAGCCAACACCACCAUUUCUCACCAUCAUUGAUCAGGCAUUUACUAUGCCAAAAUAUCAGUCAUUUCUUAUGGUUCACUGGCUAGCAGAGAGCGAUUCCAAGCUGAUACAGGCACAUUACCUUACUGCAUACAGAAGUCAAAUACUCAGGGCCAGUAUUUUCCUGAAAGCAUGCUCGUGAAGAGAGCGUUCUAAUUCUGAGUUUGUAUGUUUAGAUGAUUUGAACAGAUAAUGUUGCCAUGUUUUAUCAACCUCAAUUUAAAAAGAAAAUUCUGGGAUCUGGGUUUGAAAUCUUACAAUCAAGAACAGAGAACAACAUUUUGGGAUGUUUUUACUAUUUAUUUUGAUCAUGAGUUAAAAUCUGUGGAAGAAUGUGUGUACACCCUGAUACCAUCCAAACCAUGAGCUAACAACUUGAUGUGAAAAAGGUAAAUAAAGCGUUGCCAAAUGUGA